UUUUUUGGUGAGGCUGAUGGGUGGAGUGGAGGCCUGGAUCCAAGAGGCAAAGGUGAUGGAGGGUGCAGGAGGAUGCAUUUGGGGGGGAAGUGGCGCAGCAAUAAAACUACUGGCACGUUUGCAAAGCUAAGCAGGUGUAAAUAAGCUUUUGCCAGAAGUUGGGGAAAGACUUCAGCUUCCAUGUGACCCUUCUUUGGCCAGAGACUUGAACAGUAGCUGUGCCGCUGACUGAGAGGCAACACUCUGUCACAUGUUCCCAGGAACUUCAUUCUUGUGCUGACCCACAAAUUUACAGGGGAAACUUUUUGUCCCCUACACAGAAGACGACUGAGGGACAUCUUGUAAGUGAAAAUGACUGCAGAGCAGGGAGCAGAAAUCCCAGCAGCCUCCCUGGGUCUCCAGCUCCAGUCGGCACCAGAGGUCGGUGCGGAGACAGGAAUUAAAAUGGAGCGGGCGGAAUUGGCAAGGCUGGCACCAGAGAUGGAACUGGAAGAGGCAGGAAGCUCCUCUCCUGCCCUCCAGAAUAGGACGGAGGGGCCUUGUUUGAGCUGGACGGAGUCACGGCGCAUCAAAGAGGAGCCGGAAGAGGAGCUGUCGUCCCGGCAGUGGGAAGCCCAGUGGCAGGAGUUCCUCCGGACUGUGCAGGCCCCGCACUCUGGGGGAGAAGGAAGCCCACAACUCCCAGGGGAUGGGGCAUGGGGUGAGGUGAAGCCUUCUGGGUCCUCCUUUGAGGGAGCAGCCGUUCCCAGCCAGUGGGCUGGAGCAGGAGAGAGCAGGACCAGUCUCCCUCCAGGAUCAGCCCAGCCAGCCACUUCCAGACCAGACGCCGCCAGCCGGGGAAAUAUCGGGCAAGCGAAGGAGAUCAAGACGGAGGAGGUCACCAGCUCAGAGGCUCAUCGCCGGCUCUUCAGGCAGCAAUGCUACUGGGACGCCCAGGGCCCUCGCGAGGUCUACGGUCUCCUGAGGGAGCUUUGCCAUCAGUGGCUGAGGCCAGAGAAGCACACCAAGGAGCAGGUUGUGGACCUGGUGAUCCUGGAGCAGUUCCUGGCUGUGCUGCCCUUGGAAAUGGGGAGCUGGAUGAAGGAGCGAGGCUCAGAGAGCUGCAUCCAGGCCGUGACCCUGGCAGAGGAAUUUCUCCUGAGGCACCAAGAGGCGGAGAAAGCAGGACGGCAGGGACUGAGGACCAUUGCAGAGGCGGCUGCUUGCGUCACCGAAGGAGAAAAUCAGGAAAACAGGGUGACUUCAGGUGUUGGCGGAGAAAGCGAUCAAGAUGGCAAAACGCUGAAAGAGGAAACUGAGGCAAAGCGGGCGUGGAGGACAAAACUUGUCGCUCCCGAAGGAGACGAUGUGCAUGAAGUUCAGAUCAAAGAAGAACAUUGCGUCGGAAACGACAAGACUGAAUUCCCUCUGUGUGCAAAAAGUUUAGCUAGUAGGUUGCGCCUUAGAGCAGACAGAGGAAUGCACGCUGGGGAGAAGCCGUUUAAAUGCGCCGACUGUGGGGAGAGCUUCAGUAGCCGCAAAAGCUACGUUAUCCACCAAAGAAUCCACACAGGGGAGAAACCUUAUAAAUGCUCGGACUGUGGAAAGAGCUUCAGGCAAAGGGUACAGCUUACCAUUCAUCAGAGAAUACACACAAGCGAGAAACCCUUUGCGUGCUCAGAGUGUGGAAGGACCUUCCGAUGCAGCUCAAACCUCGUUUCCCAUCGGCGAAUCCACACGGCGGAGAAACUCUUCCGAUGCUCAGCGUGCGGCAAGAGCUUCAUCCGGAGCAAAAGUCUGACGUUGCAUCAGAAAAUCCACACGGGGGUGAAACCCUUCAAAUGCUCAGAGUGCGGGAAGAUCUUUAGCAGGAGCAAAAGCCUUAAAUCACAUCUAAGGAUCCAUAUGGGAGAGAAGCCGUAUACGUGUUCGGAGUGUGGGAAAAGCUUCAGUAGGAGGACAAGCCUUACUCUGCAUCAGAGAAGCCACACAGGGGAGAAGCCGUACGUGUGCAUCCUGUGUGGAAAGAGGUUCAGCAGGAGCUCGAAUCUUCGGGCUCAUAAGGAAAUCCACACAGAGGGGAAACUGUAUAAAUGUCUGCAGUGUGGAAAGAGCUACCGUCACAGCAUCACCCUUGGUAUUCAUCAGAGAAGCCACACAGGAGAGGAACGUUAUACGUGCCCAGUAUGUGGGAAGAGAUUCGGUCAUAAGCAUCACCUUACGUCACAUCAGAAAAUACACACAGGCGAGAAGCCGUUUAAGUGCUCGGAGUGCGGAAGGAGCUUCAGCCACAACAUCAGUCUUAAGAGACAUCAGAGAAUCCACACAGGGGAGAAGCCGUUUAAGUGCUCGGAGUGCGGGAAGGACUUCAGUCGGAGCACCAAUCUUAGGUCCCACCUGAGAAUCCACACCGGGGAGAAACCGUACACGUGCUCCGAGUGCGGAAAGAGCUUCAGUCGGAACACCAGCCUCACUAACCAUCAAAGAAUCCACACUGGGGAGAAACCCUAUAAAUGCCCAGAGUGCGGAAAGAGCUUCAGUCGGAAAACGGGUGUUACUUCUCACCAGGAAACCCACAGAGGGAGGAACCGUAUCGGCGCUCGGAGCAUGGAAAGAACUUUGGCAGUCACACGCGCUUUAACUAAUAUGAAAGAAACCGCACAUGGGAAAAUAGAGUGAAUCCCAAUGAGCACAGAGAGAACUUAUGCCGACGUGCAGAUCUUCCAAAUGAUCCUUCUCCAGAAGGUGGUGUUUAAAUAAUUUAGACUGGAUAUUUCCGGGACUUUUUUUUUUUCCUUUCCAAAUUUAGAAAAAUGCAAAAGAAAAUGAAAAGCUUAUGGUGCGAAACAUGCCGUACCACAUUGUAUAAAUAAGUAAUGCACAAUUAACUGGAUCAGCCCUAAAAAUACAAAGGGAAAUUAAAGAGGAAAAACAAAGAAGAGAUAAUUGGAGGAGGAGAAAAAGGGAAGAGCGUGUUUGUGUCUUUGUGUGUUUUGCAUCACUGGGGUAUUUCCUUGAGCUCUGUGGAUGCCUCUUGCUUGCCUGGAUGAAGGAUGGAGGUUUGGGUGUGUGAUCACUAGAGCUUUUACAGCAGA